UCAAAAAAAUUUCUUUGGAAUUUAAUGGUCUGAUCAUUUCUGAAUUUGAAUAAUUUCAGGAUGAGGUUCUAUCAAGCAUGGAGCAGAAGCUUGACAAUCUGUGUGAUCAGCUGAAUGACAUUAAUAAUCAGGAAGAAACUAAAGCAAACGAUGCUUUGGGCUGCGACAGAAUUGAAUUUGUUGACGGUGGUUCCUGGCAAUGUGAUGAACACCAAGAACAUGCAGCUGGUUUGGUGGGGAACUCUGCUGUGAGAAUGCCUAGAGGGGAUGAGGUGCUGCUUUGCAAAAUCCCUUUCGGAAAUGAGGAGGAACCAGAAGAGCAGAAAAUGUCAGAUUUUUCAGAUUGGGGUUCAACUGGUUCUGCAGAAGAAAUACAGAUGAACACCUUUGCAAUAGACCAAGACAAGUUCAAUCUGAAGAAAGAGUGUGAAGAAAAGGAAGCCACCAUAAAGGAGCUGAGCACCGAUCUUCAAUCAUUUGCAGGUUCAAAGAGAUUUGCCGAAUUGGAAGACAUUAUAUGCUGGAAGAACACAAUGAUCAAAAGACUUAAAAGGAACAUGGUGGUCUUAGAAGAAAAGGCAGAGCUUUCUCCGAGACUUCGGAGACCAUCCCAUUCGUUAUCUAUCUCAGACAAUUGGGAACUUCCUGUCAUGGUGGAUAACAUACUCUAUGACCUGGACAGUUCUUCCUCUUCUGAUUCAGAUUCCUCUCCUUCAAACCAACCACAACCUCCUCCUUUUACGGUUCAGGAAACUCCUGUUCAGAGUGAUGUCCUCACUUUGAGAACAACCCAUAAACCAGCUCAAGCGAAGGCCUCAAGGUUUUCGGUAGGGUUAACGGAACCAAAGGCAAAGUCUAGAUCAGAAAGGCUUCUGACAGAAAUACCAACAAAGCGAAAAUCCAUUGGAAACUCUUCUUCGAGACCAGAGCAGUUGUCAGCUGGAGAGGACAUCAGGAAGAUUAAAAGGAAAGGUAGACAGCUUCAUGCAAAGUCUACAGCAGAAAGUCCUCCCAAAGAAACACCAAGAAACCAAGAAUCUUCUGGUCUUUCUCCUUCAAAGCCAAAGCAAAUGUUAGCUGGAGGAGACGGCAGGAAGAUUAGAAGGCAAACUCAAAGUUCAAUCAAGGAUACAACUCCAAAGAAGAGAUGGCUCUAGUUUUUUGGUGGUUGAUUCAUGGAGAAAAUGCAGUGGAGCAAGGCUGGAAACAAGAGUGAAAUUGCCUCGUCUUUCAAACUCAUUUACAGCUAGAUAUACGACAGGCUAGUUCAUGUAUAGAACUGAAUAGCCAAGUUGGUAAUAUUUAUACACACACACACACACACACAUACUAAUUAAUACUAAUACUAGAAAUUAGUGUUAAUUAUGAUAAAGGAUUACCAUGUCAACCGCGGUCUACUUCAAAAAUAGUUUGUGAAGCCAUUUUUAAAUACAAAAGUCAGUAUCAUCCCCUAAUUUACUAAAACUAUAGAUGUGUUGUAAGCAACAUACAGAUUUCCAUAACUAAACUCCAAGAUUAAGAUAGAC